UUUCACCUUGGGGUGCCUGGUGUCCAGACACAAGCCGUGUAAACGUCAGUUCAAAAAACAAUUCUUACGACCAGUUUAUUGAGAUUGACUUGUUGUAUCCGAUCAACAUAAGUGGAGUGGCAAUACAAGGACGAGAGUAUAACGGAGGAAGAGAGUUUGUUGAAAGUUACAAAAUAUCGUACAGCAUAAAUGGCAGUGGUUGGAUUUAUUACGCAUAUAGUGAUAAAAAAAUGCCGUUUGACAUGAUAUUGUCGGGACCAAAAAAUCCAACAUCUGUUGUAAGAAGUAUCCUUUACCCUAUUAUCGAGGCGAGACACGUAAGGAUUCAUCCUGGUUAUAUGCGGGGUCAAAAUGUGUGUAUGAGGCUUGAGCUGUAUGGGUGUGCACUUGAAAAUGGCAUAAGAGGUAUUGAAGUCGUCACUCAAACGCCCACACCCCCUCUGCAUGAAAAUAACCAAUCAGAAUGUGCAGGCCUAACAAAUUCGAUUGUGAUGUUUUUCGCGGGUGUUGCCGCAACUCUUGGCACCAAAUUGCUAUUUGCUCUCAUAUUUUGGAUACACAGAAGAAAUUGUCAAACUUCAAAAUUUUCUACUGGUAGUAAUGGGGUCAAUACGCCGGCCGAGAUCGCAACUGAGCAUACUAUAGACGCUCCAGCCGUUGUUGUCCCAACCGAGCCAGUGACAGAACCACCACCACGAAAUAACCAGAAUAUCGAAUAUGCAAUUCCAGAAAACAGGAGAACAUGCCCAUAUGAACAAGUGGACGAUUCACUACCAGCACCAUCUGGUUACACAGAGCUUGAUAUGAGCCGUCGUGAUGGCAGAGAAACAGAUGAUAGAAACUACCAGAAACUCCUCAAACGCGAAUCAGAUUAUGUCAUACCAGCUAAUAGCGCUUCAGAACCUUUGGAUGAAGAAGGUCGCGGUGAAGUUCAAUCGAAAACAACCUUAGGCUACACAGAGUUGGAUUUGACAAAACUAGGACAGACUAACCAUCCGCCAUACCAGCAUUUAAUAAAGAGGCCAAGUAAACCUUCACAUUAAUUUCGGAGAUUUUCCCCGUUCAGGAAUGAGAAUUUU